AUGAAGAACUUGUUAUCUCUUCUCAUCGUCCUUCAAACUCUCCUCAUCUUUGGUCAAGUCAACUCGCAUGACAAACUGUCGGUGCGAUCCUCCACAUCUGACAAAGUCUCCUUGACUUCUCUCGUAAAAAGGAAGAACAAGGACAGCAAUGAGCAAGGCUCCAAUGCUCUCAUGACCAGGCAACAAACAGAGACACCGAUGAACUGUUUCGUGAACCAACAGGAUCGAAAAUUGGGAUAUGCGAGCCACUGCUAUACUGCUAUUGCAUUACUGUACGAUCAGACCAAAGGUUACCCAGCAUGUGCCAUAUUCAAAUCAUGCGCAGUCCAGCCGCUUGAUAACAAUCAAGCCCCAAUGGGAGGUCGUACGGACAAUCAAGGUCAACCUUUGCCGCUUCCCAUGACUCUACCACAAAUGAACAAAGCCUAUGACACGAUUUUCAGCAUCGUAGCUGAGGGUAUCCCGAAUUGUGAAAAUUAUCAGUUACCCAAUAACGUGAACGUUGAUCCGAAGUAUGUCCUGGAACCUAAAUCAAUGUUCCCAACCUUCCUGAUUGGAGUCGCAUCAAAACAAGGACAGGGUGACGUGGCUGAGGCUUGCAAUCCGACCCUGGCUGCCAAAAUGAUCAAGGAGGCAAUGUAAAGCGUUCAACUCCCAUGAAGUGUUUUUUGUUAUACUUUUUCAUUUCUCUUUAAGUAGGAUUAAACUAUGAUGAAAACUUCUUCAAACUUUUACGCAAGU